UAGAGGCACAGGAAGUGUCACACAGACACACACACAGCACAUUGUGGGUCAUUCUCCGAGGACAGAAGAACAACACACUCCUGUGCUCCUGUUCUCUCACCGUCCGUCUGCUGUCUCCAUCACCACAGGGAAGGUUCUGACUCUGGAACCUGAGAUUUCUCCUGUGGAAGGUUCAAGACCGAGAAGUGAAAAUGGGAUGUUUCGAAUUCCUCAAAAUCACGAUGUUCGUGUUCAACGGCAUCAUCUUUCUGGCGGGCGCUGCCAUCCUGGGCGUGGGCAUCUGGGUGAAGGUGGACAGCGGCUCCGUCCUCAACUUCCUGGGGAAGAUCGAAGACGCGCCGACAGAACUCAGUCAGAUCCUGAACGUGGGCUACCUGCUCAUCGCCAUCGGGCUGCUGCUGCUGGUCAUCGGCUUCCUGGGCUGCUGCGGCGCCAUGAAGGAGAGCAAGUGCAUGCUGCUGCUGUUCUUCAUCAUCGUGCUGCUGGUCUUCAUCGCGCAGGUUGCCGGAGCCGUGGUGAUCUUGGUGUUCAGACCCUUGGCGGAGGAGCUGAUUCAGAAGCUCCGCACAGCAGCUGUUAAGAACAUCAAGAAGGACUAUGGGAAGAACCAGGACAUCACCGGCCUGUGGAACACCAUGAUGACCGGGCUGCAUUGUUGUGGAUUUCACAACUCCUCAGACUUCGUGGAUUCUCCUUAUUAUGUGGAUCACAACAUGCAGUUGCCGCCCCAGUGUUGUACCGACCUGACCCCCUUCUGUAACCAAUCAAUUGCCGACAGUGGGAAGAUAAACCCUGGCUGCUUCCAAAAGAUCUGGGAUCUGAUUAACAGCAACACACUGGUUAUAGUGGGAGUCGCCCUGGGGAUCGCAGUUCUGGAGAUUUGUGCCAUGGUUGUCUCCAUGAUCCUGUACUGCAGAAUCAAAUCCAUGAGCGCCUAACGGCCGAUGGAAAACACCUGAGAGGGAGUGAAGAGCUCCGCCCCUAUCCUGCAAAAACUUCUAAGUUCAGUCAGAUCCUGUUCAAUCAGAUUAGUGAAGGACAACAUCCAUCAUCCGUCCAUCAUCUGUCCAUCAUCUGUCCAUCAUCUGUCCAUCCGUCCCAGUCCCAUCUCAUUUCUGCUAAAAACAUAAAUUUUUUCACCAAAUAUAAAUCUAACAGAUGCUGUAUAUAACAAAUCUAUUUCUACACUACACUACAACCUGUAAUAAACUGCCAGUUAAUUCAAUUAUAACUAUAUUCACUGUGUCCGACACGGCUGUGGAACGGUGCUGCCGCAGUGCAGCUUGUAAAAUAGCGACACAAGUGACACAUUAUUUGUAUGUAAGUUG